UCUCUUCUCUUCUUCUUCCUAUGGAUCCAAGGAAUCCAUAUAGCCAGAAUUCUGGUUAUAUGGGGCUUCUUAACAACGUUCACAAUAAUAAUGUUCAGAAAAACAUUCCUUAUGAAAGUUAUCCUUCCACUGUCGACAUUGGCGCCUCAGAAAUCCCUCCUUUUAGUUCCCAACAGUCUGAGUCUCCAUCCCAACCUGAGGACACACCUGUGGAGCGUAUGGUGAGAAGGAAAUGGACGCCGCGUGAUGACGAGGUUGUGAUUAGUGCGUGGCUUAACACAUCAAAGGACGCCGUUGUCGGAAAUUCUAUGAAGUUACAGACCUUCGGGAGACGCGUUGAUGAGUACUUUGCAGCAACUCUUCAUGAAAAGAUAGAGAAUGUUCAUUGUAAGCAGAGGUGGCACAGAAUCAAUGAUCAGACGAACAAGUUCUGUGCCGCAUUCGCUGCUGCAGAGAGACAAAUAACCAGCGGUCAGAGUGACAAUGACGUCCUAAAGCUGGCUCAUGAUAUCUUCUACUCUGAUCAGGGUCAGAAGUUUACCCUCGAGCACGCAUGGUGUGUCCUGCAGCACGAAAAAAGUGGAUAAGCCUUAACACACCUACGCCCACCGGUUCAAAGAGAAAGAGUGGGGAGGUCAGUUCCCAAAAUUCAAGCGCAGCUGUGGGUGAGGUCAGUUCCGACUCUUCAAUGCGUCCUGAAGGUAUCAAGGCUGCGAAAGCAAGCAGGAUAUUAGAAAAGGAAAGGCUAUUGAGGACUAUAAGACCAUUAUGGAGGGCAAGAUGGAAGAACUGGCGAGGAAGGAGAAACUGUCUAAGCUGGCGAUAUUAUACACUCUCCUUGCUAAGAAGGAUCCACUAAGUUUGAGUGAAGAAACUGUUAAGAACAAGCUGUUGGUCGAUCUGUUCUAGUUUUACAAGUUCUAAGUCUCUAUCUUCUGUAAUAUGUUUCAAAAUGUUGCUUUUGUCAUCGUCUAGGUUCUAGUUUUAUAAGUUCUAGGUUUGUCUCUUGUGUGAUAUGUUCUAUGUUUGAUAUAAUGAUAAUUUCCAUUUCGUAAGACUCGUAUCAGUUUCUGUCUUGUGUUCUAAGCUUGUGAAAAAAUAUAUUUUUGUUUGUGUUCUAAGCUUUUUAUUAUUUUCAGGACAUGGGAUUGGAUUAUAGCUACACGCAGCCAUCUGAUUCAGAGGAUUAUGGUUUAGGGAACACAGCCGUCAGUGGCCACAGCUCCACAGAAAUGAAUAUACUCGUGGACCAAGCAGAGAUCGAAGCCACGCGGGUUCAGUACCCUCCACAGCCGGAGGUUGAGUUCGGCUUCCCCAAGGAAUGUUACUGUGGUCGCGAACCGGUUAUUAGGACAUCUGUCUCAAGAACUGACCCUGGGAGAAGGUUCUACACCUGUGAGAACAUCGACGAUGGAGACUGCCAUGUAUACAAGUGGUGGGAUGUAGCGGCUACAAAGGAGAUCAAAGCAAUAGGUACACAGUAUGCUCUGCUUUCUGAUAAGGUGGACUAUAUUGCGGCUGUUAGUGACUACGAGUCAGAACUAAACCAGGUAAAAGAUCUCCAUCAUGAGACUGAACUGAAGUUGGUUGUGCUUGAGAAGACUCUCGCUGAGUUAUCAAAGAAAAUUUCUCCGUUUGGUAAUCGGUUUGAAGUCGUACUAGGUGGUCUGGUUCUUGUAGUAAUGGUAAUGGCUGUGUUUGUAAUGUUUAAGUAGGUUUGAACUAAGAGGAGAGUGAACUAAGUAGCUUGGUGUUUUGGAUAAGUGGUGUUUCGUACGACGUAUAAAUUGAUCAUGUAUUUUGGAUAAUGUAUUUGUUGCAAUGAACAAGGAGACUUAUAAAUUGA